GCCAUGUGGACGGACGCGCGGGACGGCGGCGAGAAACGAGCCAGUGACGUCGGCCGCGUCCGUGUCGUCAACCGUCUCGUGGCGCUGACUGGGGACAUGUUGUACUUGGAUAAGCACAUACAAGACAAGUGGUUUGUGCUGCAGCUGGCCGUGUGGGCCCUGCGAGGGGUGACCCGGGUGAUUCUAGCCAACAACCCGCUGAGCGGUGCUGUCAUGCUGCUGGCGCUCUACUGGGCCUCCCCCUGGCAAGGUCUGCUGGGAACACUGGGCCUGCUGACCUCCACGCUCGUGGCCGUCAUCUUGGGACAGGACAGCGCAGAAGUGCGGGGAGGACUCCGCGGCUUCAACGGGAUGUUGGUUUCUCUGCUAAUAGGCGUGUUCAACAGCGCCGGAGACUGGUACUGGUGGCUGCUGCUGCCGGUUUGUUUGGCUUCGGCCACAAGCGUCUUCUUCUUCAGCGGUCUCUCGCCAAUUCUGGACCGCUGGGACUUGCCAGUUGCGGUCUUCCUCUUCAACAUGGUCAUCGUCCUCUACUUCCUGUGCACCGGCCCGGAUAACCCCUACUUCCCGCACCGCCUCGCCGUCCCGCCCAACUCCGUGCCGCACAACGUCACCGCACUCAGUGCGGCCCAGGUGUUGCAAGGCAUCCCCCUCGGGGUGGGCCAGAUCUUCGCCUGUGAUUCCUUGGGUCCCUCGCUGCUCAUCGUGGGCGGACUCUGCCUUUACUCCCCCCUGCUUGCCGUCCACUCUCUGCUGGGCUCGGCAGUUGGAACGCUGGCUGGCUUAUCCAUGGCAGUGCGCCACGAGUUCCUAUACACUGGUCUGUCUGGUUUUAAUGGCGCUCUUGGCUGCAUGGCUGUGGGAGGACUUUUCUUCACCUUCAGCUGGAAGACUCACCUGCUGGCCAUCGCUUGCGCGUUCCUCUCUGCUUUCGUCGACAUCGCUUUGAGCAAUCUGCUGGGAGCUAAUGCGGAUGACGUUUUGGUAGCUUCCGCCGAGUGUCCGAGCGAUGACGAAGAUUUAGAGGAGUGCGAGCCCGGAAACGACCCGACGUCCCCCGAGAGAGGCCUCCCGGGCGCCGUGGAGGUGCAGCAGUCCAGCAGCACCACGGGCAUGGUGGUGGGCAUCGUAGCGGCCGCCGCCCUCUGCAUCCUCAUCCUUCUCUACGCCAUGUACAAGUACCGCAACCGAGACGAGGGCUCGUACCAGGUGGACCAGAGUCGCAACUACAUAAGCAACUCGGCCACGCAGCCCAACGGCACCCUGGUGAAGGAGAAGCCGCCGAGCGCCACCAAGACGGCGCCCAAGAACAAGAAGAACAAAGACAAAGAGUACUACGUUUGAGGGAGCGCCGCCACGACGCACGGCGGCAGCUCGCGUUUGGGAGAGAGAGAACGAGAGAGGCGGGAAACGUGACAUUAGUGCCAGCCAUCCCCGCCCUCCUCGAGGGAGACGGCAAAGCUAACCUUUAGCAUUGCCGGGAAGUCACUUCUCGCUACUUCCUGUGCCAACAACCGAUUGGGUUCACUUCUUUCUUCAGUCCUGUACAGAAGCACCACCAGUAUCCACGAAAGCAGUAUCCAGUGCCACGUCCUCGCCAUCUCUCUCCUCUCUCUCGCUCGCACUCGUGCCAUGUCUACGGUGCUCGGCGGCUGGCGCCACGCGAACUGUGCCGUGUUUCAAGCAUGUAGUAUUCAUCGAGGACAAAGACAUCAACUUUUUUCUUUACGUGGAGUUCUAGAAGAAGAAGAAAAAAAAACACCACUAAAACAUUAGUAGCAAUUUUACGUGCGAUAUCAACGCAGAAGACUCCAGACUAACGGUUGGCCAAAUUCACCUUUGGAUGGUCUGUGUCGUGUUUCUGGUGCCCCCUGGUGGGCCAACGGAGAAACUGUCUCUAUGCCAACCGUCAAAGCAGGAAAAAAGCUCGCCAACCGGUCGACCUCUGCUCUGUAUGAUGCUAACGACGGGGACUCGGCCGAGACAGUGUAGCUAUGACUCUGUUGACGUCCGAAGCAUCAGGAACCGUGCGGCCGUCACUCUUCUCGCUUUGCAAAAAGGACAGAAUGGGAAUUCUGCAGCGGACUGGACUGAAGAGCAGCCUUUGUGGUUCUUUGUCGACUCCCUUGGAAGACGAGAGUUCCCAAGUACUCUAGUGUUCCAAUUUUAUCAGCUCUAUUAAAAGAAGACAAAUGUACCAUGAUAAGAAAAAAAAAAGUUUGUGAAAUGUCUCAAUAUUUGCCAUCACAAAGAGAACCGUGUUCCCUCCUAACCAUCAUUCCUGUUUGCUAAAUGAAAAAAAAAAAUCCUGGGCAAUGAGGAAAAGCUCUUUUGUUAUCGGUUUGCCUUUGGUCAAAUUGGGGUAUGUGCUUGUUCAUCAAAUUUAUGUUUUGUCCUUUUUUUUUUUUCUGUAUGGCAGAUCGUAUGUCACUUUUACCCACCUGACUGUUUUUCAUUGAUUGCUUUUUCUAUCUCUUUGCGUCUGUGUCCUGACAGACUUGCUGCCACAUUUCCUUUUCUGUUACUCUACCCCCCCCCCCCCCACCCACACACACACACACCCUCCCCAACAUCUCCCUGUUCUUUCUAAAUGUUAUUGUAAAGUGUUACAGUGAGAUGACUCCAAAUAUGUGUACAUUAACAGAGGGAAUACA